UAAAUUAUCUUAGAGCUGAGCGCGAGCCGAACCAACACGUCCACAACCAGUCACCGUCGUCACCACACACGUGCAUACCCCACCCAACACGUUUAAAAAGCAACUCGUCAGCGGUCCCACCCUACACGUGGCAAGAAUCCCCUGUAUUUGCCACCGCGAUGACCUGAGAAUUGUCAAAGGCCGUUCAAAAUAGAAAAAUCGCAACGGUGGAAUCCCUGUCCACAACUCAAUCACAGCCGCAGGAUCCCCAAUCAUGCGCCACGUUUAAUUGUAUGAAUUCAUGAUUGUCCGAUCAAUACAGAAACCGUCUCGUUUAUUUAGUAAAAAAAAAAGUAAAAGCUAAAAUAAAUUGUAAUGCUUUUUUUUUUUUUUUUUUCUGCUCGUUCCGACAUUUUUAUGGAAUCUAGGCGAGAAGAGAGCCUGCCUGACACACAAGUUUGGUUUUUGGGCUUCCCGAACAGAGUAGAGAGGAAGAGAGAGACAGAGACAGUUGUAUUCUAGAGAGAGAGUGAGAGAGACAAUUUGAAGACGCAAGAUUUGAUUUUUGAAUCUCUACUUCAAAUAGGAGACAUCUCUAUUUCAAAUUUUGGCUGCUUCUCUCUCUCUCUCUCUCUCUCUCUCUCUCUUGCUCUGUUUUCUACUUGUACCGUAGCCAAGUGAUUUCGACCGUUGGCGUGUUUGUUUCUCUGUUUGUAAGAAGCGAGAAGAACUGAACCGAAGUGCUCUUAAAGGGUUCAUUUCAGUGCCCAAACAAAAGGAAGCUUUCGGAGAUCCGACUGUAGCUUGCGUGGGAAUUGCAGGCACAGUGAAAAAGCAAGCAACUUUGUGGGGUUUUUGGUGAUAUUGAGAGAGGGGAAGAAGAUUUGAGAUGACGUUAGUUUCAUCUUUCAUCGCAGUCGUUUUUGGGAGUGAAAAUUCCAGUCCCUGAAGCGUAAAGGUAAGUGCUUCUCUACCCUUUCAAUUCACUUACCAGCUUAAUUUGUUGCUUUCGCCAUUGCUUUACUUCCUACCUUUGACAUCCAUUUCCGCCAUUUCGCUUUCUCAGCUCCUGGGCUUCUUCAGGGGCGUCCACUGAAUCGGAUUCGAGGUCGGGUCAAGCGAGAAUUCUGGUGGGCUUUAGCUGUAAAAUGGUUUGAGAACAGUGAAUAGCGAAACUUUGAGGUAAAAACCAAUCAUUUCCGCCCAUUUAUUUAUUUACUGAGCUGAAUUCAAUUUCCAGUAUCUCGGUUGUAGAUAGAGACUUGUACCUUCUCUUCAAAGUAAAGUCUGUCUCUCUCUCUCUCCUCUUUUCCCUCUCUAGUUCUCUCAUCUCUACCACCUGCCUUUGAUGGCGACCCGAUUGGGAAACGCUUUGGAAGGGAAGAUCAGAUCACCAUCUACAUCUACAAGAUUAUACAUCUCCUCUACAUUGCUUCACCGACGUUUUCUUUUUUCUUUAGAAGCUGUAAAAGUAAAGGCUCAGAAAAUUGUUCCUCUUUUUCUUCCUUCACCCUUUAAUUAUUAUAUAAUAAUAAAAAUAUGAUCUCUCGUGGGUAGGCAGGCAGCAGGCAAAGCAGAGUCACAAAGGCAUAUCCAUCUAAUCUAAUCUGCCUUUUUUUCCUUGUAUUGUUUUCUUUAAUUUGGUGGGUUGGGUAUUUGCUUCAGAACGAGCUUGGUGUGACUGUUCAGUAAUACAUUCUCAAAGGAAACCAGAGGCACAAAGGCGUCACUCUAAUUAUGUUAUUUGGAAGAAGAAGAAAAAAAAAAAAACCUUUCUCUUGUUUUCUAGUUCAUGUCUCACGAUUGCAACUGCUCCCACUCUAAUAAGUGUCUUUUCUUUCCUUCUUGUGCUUUGCUUCUCAUCCAGGUCACUUCUUCACUUUCUUUACUUUAAUGGCCUUCUUCUUCUCGCUCUCCCCGUUUUGCUUUCAGGAAGAAGAGUAACCAAAUUUGAUUGAACAAGCAGUCAAAUCUAUCCAUCAUGGUAAUCGAAGAUCGCCGCAAAGGCAAGCAGGUGGUAACCGAUGUUCAAUCCGUUGAAGACUGGCUUUCCCACGCACAAGAACUCGUCCCUCUGGCGAUCGAAAAGGCGAAACAGGUCAAGGGCUUCCCAGGAAGAUGGAAGAUGAUCGUCGGCAAGCUCGAGCAGAUCCCGAAUCGGCUCUCCGACUUAUCGAGCCACCCUUGCUUCACCAAGAACGCUCUCUGCAAGGAGCAGCUCCAGGCAGUCUCAACGACUCUCAAGGAGGCCAUGGAAUUGGCAGAGCUUUGCGUGGCAGAGAGGUACGAAGGGAAGCUCAGGAUGCAGAGUGAUCUCGAUUCUUUGUCCGGGAAAUUGGAUUUGAAUUUGAGAGAUUGUGGGCUUCUGAUCAAGACUGGGGUUCUGGCUGAGGCUACUCUGCCUCCUCCUUCGGUCGCCGCAGCCGCCGGAACCUCCGCGGAACCUGAGGCUCUGCUCUUCCACGGAAACAUCAGGGAGUUGCUUGCUCGCCUUCAAAUCGGUCAUUUGGAGGCAAAGCAUAAAGCUCUCGACUCUCUGGUCGAGUUCAUGAAAGAAGAUGAAAAGGCAGUUCUCUCUGUUCUCGGUCGGAGCAACAUCGCAGCUCUGGUCCAGCUGCUAACCGCCACCUCCCCUCGUAUCCGGGAGAAAACAGUCACCGUCAUAUGCUCGCUGGCGGAAUCAGGCAGCUGCGAGAGCUGGCUCGUUUCGGAGAGCGUUCUUCCUCCACUGAUCAGACUGAUCGAAUCCGGAAGCGCAGUGGGCAAGGAGAAGGCCACCAUAUCUCUCCAGAGGCUCUCGAUGUCGGCCGAAACAGCCAGAGCGAUCGUGGGUCACGGAGGAAUCCGGCCCUUGAUCGAGAUAUGCCGAACGGGGGAUUCGGUGUCUCAGGCAGCAGCAGCUUGCACCCUGAAGAACAUCUCUGCAGUGCCGGAAGUUCGGCAGCCGCUAGCGGAAGAAGGAAUCGUGAAGGUAAUGAUCAAUCUUCUGGACUGCGGGAUCCUGCUGGGUUCCAAAGAGUACGCAGCAGAAUGCUUGCAGAAUCUCACUUCCAGCAACGAGGAUUUGAGAAGAUCAGUGAUCUCCGAAGGCGGGAUUCGAAGCCUGCUGGCGUAUCUCGACGGUCCUCUCCCUCAGGAAUCCCCCGUUGGAGCAUUGCGGAAUCUGGUAAACUCCGUCUCCACUGAAAUCCUCGUCUCGCAAGGAUUCCUGCCGCGAUUGGUCCACGUGCUGAAAUCGGGAUCGGUGGGGGCACAACAGGCUGCAGCCUCGGCGAUAUGCAGGGUGUGUGCUGCGGCGGAGAUGAAGAAGGUGGUGGGGGAGGCAGGGUGCAUUCCGCUGCUGAUAAGGAUGCUGGAGGCGAAGUCGAACGGGGCGAGGGAGGUAGCUGCGCAGGCGAUCUCGAGCCUGAUGACGGUGUCGCAGAACUGCAGGGAGGUGAGGAAGGAAGGGAGGAGCGUGCCGAAUCUGGUGCAGCUGCUGGAUGCCAGCCCGCAGAACACGGCGAAGAAGUACGCGGUGGCGUGCCUGGCGGGCUUGUCGGGGAGCAAGAGGUGCAGGAAGAUGAUGAUCUCGUACGGUGCGAGCGGGUACCUGAAGAAGCUGACGGAGAUGGAUGUUCCUGGGUCGAAGAAGCUGCUGGAGAGACUGGAACGAGGGAAGCUCAGGAGUUUGUUCAUUAGGAAAUAAAAAUAUUAUCUUCUGUGUAAAAUGUGUAAUGUUUAGCUCUGCUUUUUUCCUUAUUUGUUUAGGGUUUUGUUAUGGGGAUGGGGUGUUUCAUUAUCUGUAUGAAACGGAAGCAAUCAAUGGUGCAAAAAAAAGGGUAAUGGAAGUUCUUGAAAACGAACAAUCAUGAUGAGAUUCUUCUUGGACUCCAUUAUCACAGUAGGGCUGCAGAAAUUAUGGCGUUUGGUCCUCUGGUCCCCAUGGGGAUUUUCUGGGGUUAACUAUUGUGAAUAUGGUAAAGCAAGCAGCUAUGGCAUUGAUUUGGCCUGCAUGUUUCUUUUUCUAAUCAAUUGGUUGGGUAUUG